UCCUCUCGCCGUGUUCCCGCGCCGUUCCGGUCUUCGGGGCGGACUGUGAGAGGAGAGGAGUUCGUCACGCUGCCCCACCUACAUCCUGACAGCCAAUGUUUGCCACGCUCCGCGGGCCGGAUUAAAAGAGUCCUGACUUUUGGGGCGGCCGCCCGAGAGGAGGGAGGGGAGCGGGCGCCCAGCACACAGAAGAGCCGCAUUAAAGUGUGUAAAGAGCCGCAUGUGGCUCCAUAAUAAAUACCUUAUU